GCCUCGAUGCAAGUGUUGCACUGAAAUGUGUUCCUUUUUUUGGAUCCAUACACUUUGGUUCCUGUCUUCUACCUGUAUUGUUGUCUCCUGCCCCCAAUUUGCAGUGACACUGACUUUCAGAGCGUCCUGCGGAAAGAUGCGCUACUGCAGCACCCGAGGAGGAACGCAGGGAUGGGACUUCAGACAAGUGCUGUUCUCCAGCUACGCUCCUGAUGGGGGCAUGUUCAUGCCCGAGACGGUGCCCACACUGACCGCCGAGAGGCUGCGCUCCUGGGUCCCCCUGUCCUACCCCGAGCUGGUCUGCGAGGUCCUCUCCCUCUUCAUUCCGCAGCAGCUGAUCCCGAGGACAGACCUACAGGGCCUUAUUUCAGAUGCGCUGUCUAAGUUUGCGGUGCCUGGGGCGGUCAGCAUAGCCAAGCUGAAGGACGGUCUGGACGUCCUGGAGCUUUUCCAUGGGGAGACGCUGGCCUUCAAAGACCUGGCCAUGACUUGCACUGUCCGGAUCCUGGAGUACUUCCUACAGAAGGAGAGCAGAAGGGCCACUGUCCUCGUGGGCACCUCAGGGGACACGGGCAGCUCUGCGAUCUGCAGCGCUCGUGGCCUGCAGGGAGUGGACAUGGUGGUGGUGUUUCCCCGCGGCCGCAUCACCCCCGUGCAGGAAAGGCAGAUGACCACCCACCUGGAGGACAACAUCCACGUGCUGGCAGCGGACGGUACCUCAGACGACAUUGACGUUCCGCUACGUCGGCUGUUUGCUGACCAGCACCUGGUGCAGCUGUACGGGCUGAUGAGCCUGAACUCGGUCAACAUGGCGCGCAUCCUGGUCCAGCUCGCCCACUUCCUGUACGCGUACCUGCAGCUCAGCGGCGUGGACAAGACCCGCGCAGGUGACGCCAUGCCCAGCCUGGAGGUAGUGGUGCCCACGGGUGGGGCUGGUAACAUCGCAGCUGGAUGUAUUGUAAAACAGAUGUUGGUGCCGAUACAACUCGUUGCCAUGGUGAACUCUAAUGACAUUUUGUGUCGUGCCGUCCAGAAGGGUGAUUUCUCCAUGGCAACCAGUGUCAAGCAGACCAUGGCCCCGGCCAUAGACAUCCAGGAUCCUUACAACAUGGAGCGUGUGUUGUGGCUUCUGUCAGGGAAAAAUGGACCACUGGUGAAAGAGAUGUUUGAAGAGUUCCAGAGAUCUCACCACCUCCCCCUAACAGAGCAACUCCAUAAGGAGCUGAGCGUGGCCAUGUGUUCUGGGAGUGUUUCAGAUGAGGGCAUAGUGGAGGCCAUGCGGCGCUGUUGGGAGGAGAAUCGCUACCUGGUGUGUCCACACACCGCCGUCGCCAUCUGGCACCACUACCACUCUCCGCCAUCCGGGGGGGUAAACAGGUGCUACAUCGCCACGGCGUCCCCAGCAAAGUUCCAGGCUGCGGUGGAGAAGGCUGGGCUGCCCCUGGAGCUACCGGAGGAGGUGAGGGCGCUGGAGUCCAAGCCCACCCGCUACACACACCUGCAGCAGGGGGAGGACUGGGAGGCCCAACUCAGGGAGCGCAUCCAGGCCGUCGCCUCGGCCCGGGCCCGCGGGUCACUCUUCUACCCAGCCGAGGAGAGACCAUAGAUAUGAAUACCUGGGAUGUCGAUACCUACAGUAUGGGAUGUCGAUACCUAUGGGAUGUCGAUACCUAUGGGAUGUCGAUACCUAUGGGAUGUUGAUGUCUAUGGGAUAUGAAUACCUAUGGGAGAGUCACUGAUCUGAACCAGGCAGGAAAGAGCAACCUGUCUGGGGCGGCCAUCUUAGAUGAAGGAUUUGGACUUUCAGUAGCACUUUUAUUCAGAAUGAAAUGAAGGGAAAAAAUCAGGCAAUUAUUUUUUUAAUACCAUAUUUCAUGCACAGCGGUAAUUAAAAGUGUAUCAUAAAAUAAUGAUGCUUAAUAUGUUAAAUAAGAGGAAGGAAUGGUAAAUGAUAGGUUUGCAGAUGUGUAGGCAUGUACAAGGAAUUAAGAUUUUGAGGCGUUUAACUGAAGGCAGGGCUGUCUCAAACCCUUAGGGAUUGGAUGUUGUAGUGUUGGUCUACGCCCCAAACCCUCAGGGAUUGGAUGUUCAGGGUUCCCACGGGUCCUUGAAAUCCUUGAAAGUUUGUGAAUCUGAAUAAAAAAAAUUCAAGGCCCUUGAAAGUUUUUGAAAAUAGACAUAAAUAAAUGGAGGUCCUUGAAAGUC